AUGCGUUCAACAACGGUUUUGACUUUGGGCGCUGCUACUGCCCUGCUCGGCGCAGGCAACGUCCUCGCCGAUGAUAUCCCUACCUGUUCAUUGGACAAGAAGUGUCCAGAGUCGGCACCUUGCUGUUCUCAAUACGGCCAAUGCGGCGUCGGCGCCUACUGCCUCGGCGGGUGCGACCCGCGCAUGUCCUUCUCUCUAGACUCCUGCGUGCCCGCCCCCGUCUGCCAAGACAAGACAUACAAGAUGGACAAAGCCUCCAUGUCCAAGAUUGUCGACAUCAGCGAGUACCUCGGCGACCCCUCCAAGGCCGACUGGGUCUCCCAGGGUGAGCCCCUUUCGUACAACGACAACACGCUGCUCACCAUGCCCAAGAACUCGGUCGGCACCGUCCUGGCUUCCACCACGUACAUGUGGUACGGCUCCGUCAAGGCGCGUCUCAAGACGUCGCGCGGCCGCGGCGUCGUGACGGCCUUCAUCCUCAUGUCGGACGUCAAAGACGAAAUCGACUACGAGUUCGUCGGCUCCGAGCUCACCACCGCCCAAACCAACUACUACUUCCAGGGCAUCCCGACGUACGCCAACAGCGGCAACAUCAGCGUGACGGACACGUACUCCAACUGGCACGAGUACGAAAUCCGCUGGACGCCCGACCAGAUCCAGUGGCUCGUCGACGGCCAAGUCGGCCGCACCAAGCUGAAAUCGGAAACAUGGAACGCCACAGCCAACCAGUGGGACUUCCCGCAGACUCCCUCGCGGGUGCAGUUGUCCAUUUGGCCCGGCGGCGCGGCGUCCAACGCGCAGGGCACCAUUGACUGGGCGGGCGGUGCUAUUCAGUGGGACUCGGAAGACAUCAAGAAUUACGGGUACUACUUUGCUACGUUUGGAGAAAUCACGGUGCAGUGCUACGACGCCAAGAGCCCACCGGGGACGAACAAGGGCACGUCGUAUUACUAUAAUAGCUACAGGGCGACCAACGAUACGGUGGUGGAUAGCGACAAGCCUACCGUGCUGGCGUCGUUCCAGGGGACCGGCACGGAUAUGGAUGCUGGUAAGCCGAGUGGGACCAAGGGCGGAUCGGCGAGCGCGACCAAGGCUGGUGGAAGCAAGGGGACGUCGGCGCCGAAUUCGAUUCCGGGGGCGGGAGCGGCGCCUAAUCAGGUGCCGGGGGGAGGGUCGGGGAGUGUCUCGUCCGGCAGUGACGGUGGAAGUUCGGCGGGUGGUGACGGUGGGAGCGGCGCGAGCAGUGGUUCGAAUGCGUGUGGAAUGAAUGGGUUUUCGCAGAGUUGUGAUGAUGGAAGUGGAAGCGGAAACGGCGGUUCGUCCACCAAGAACAAUGGUGUCAAGACGAGGGAUGCCCACGGGGCGAGCGCGUUGGCUGCUGUGGUGGGGUUUGUUGGGUUGAUGGUUCUUUAA